AUGGCCGAUACAACUAGAACAAGAAGCGAGUUCUUCAACUCCGCUGUACAACUACCCAUGUUGACACCUUCAUUAACAGGAUCGAAUGCCGGAGAUGGAUUGAAAGUUGGAAAUACAACGACAGAUCAGUGCGUAAACACACUGACACUUGAGAAAUUGACACUGCUGCCAAAGGAGUGGGAAAUGAUGUUUUCUGAAAGAGAUAACAAAUAUUAUUUCACGAAUGUCCAUUUAAAAUAUUCAACCCUGGAAGACCCGAGAUUGAAACUUGCCAAACAGCUUUUUGAUACUAAUUUGAAGCUGACGGAACCAGAGGAGCAGGCAGACUGCUUACUGGCAACGUUGUUUCCGAAUGUCAGCCGAGAACUGAUCAGAUGCAUGUUCAUCGCUUGUUACUUCAACUCAAAAGAAACUGCUACGUGGUUGUUGAAGAUGGGUUACAAGGGACUUGUACAACAUACUGAAAAGAGUUUGACUAGUGACAAAGUAGCAUGUGAGGCGAGUGUGUUGAACAGUGCAAAGUGCAGUCCAGAAUUUGUAAGUUCGCAAAAAUUUUCACUCUCUUGCAAGAACAGUCUUCUAAUCCAAAUGUCUCCGACCAAAACAUUCACCUACUCCUCCUCAAGCCCACUUAGAACUUACGGGAUUCAGAAAUUAUUUCAAUCCGUACCUUCUUCGAUUCAGGACUGUCAACCACAAUCGUCAAGUUUCAAGUGA